AUCUUAUCUAUUUUUUGGAUGUGGUAAAUUAAUGUCAUCCAAAUUGGAAAAAUCUGCAACAUGUAUUUCUAUAAAAGGCGCACCUGGCCUCGCCAGAAAGUUAGUGUUACUAAAACUGUGGAGACUAUUUUCAAAAUGCGAGGUCUGUAUAUUUCAUGGCUUGUACACAGUCUGGUGCUGACUGUGAUGGUACACCUAAGCACCCAAACGGAGCACCUGAACUCCACCCUGGACAUUUGUCGCCUUUUCCCGGAUGGCACAAAGAUUCGAAAACCCGGCGGCUGUACCGAGUAUAUUGAGUGUAAAAACUAUGCACGGAGCACCGUAACCGCUUGUUCUGGAAAAACUCCCUACUUUAAGCUUAAAUCUCAAAGUUGCGAAAAUGCCUAUGAUGGUACUUACUGCGAUGCACCAUGCACCACAAAAACCCAGGGUUACAUUGGAGAUUCCAUCAAUUGCGCCAAUUGGCACUUGUGCGAAGGAAAGAAACCGAUGGCCACGGGAACCUGCCCCACUGGCCAGUACUUUGACAAGGUAACGAGUGCAUGUGUCUAUCCGAAGGACACCGUCUGCGUAGCCACCUAUGAGCUGUGCGAUGUUGCGCCUUUGAACGUGCUGUUCCGUGACGAGAACAACUGCAACAAAUACUUUAGCUGCGACAAGGACUUCAAACUGCAGACUCACACCUGUGAUGCUGGAAAGUACUUCAACGUGGCCACUAGCACCUGUGUCGCCAAGAAGGACGUCGUAUGCGAGAACCAUCCGGUGCCCGAUGACGUCUGUGGCACCAAGAAGUUGGCCUUCCGAAACAAGUUUGUCUCCGAUCAGUCCACUUGCAGAGGAUACUUCUACUGUCGGGAUCUGGGCUCCGGAAUACCGGAUACAAAUCCCGCUUUUCUCCAGUGCGGCGAGGAUUAUUUCUUUAACCAGGAGCGGCAGGCAUGCAUACCUCGAGAGGAUCAGAAGUGUUCCCAGGAUCGCUGUGACGGCCGGGAGGAUGGUGUAUUUGAGAUUGCUGAAACUCGCGGAUGCCACGACUAUUAUGUGUGCCAAGAUGGCCGUGAAAGUGAAACAAAAUCCUGCGAAGACAAGUACUUUGAUGUAGCGACCCAGAAGUGCACUGAUACCGUCAAAACAUACGGGGCCUGCAGUGCUUAAUGUUAAAAAGAAAAUAUUUAGAAAAAAACAUUCAUUGAGUUAAUAAAAUAAAUAAAAUCUUUGAAA